UAGGCCCGCAUUCCUGUCAAUCACAGCUCUCGGCCAAUAAGCGGCACCACCUCACCUUCUCAUUGGUGCGGAAAGUUUGUCCUACAGCCAACGAGGGCUGAGCGAGGCGUCCCGCCCACCCGCUCCGUGAGGGCGGCGGGCGCCACUGUGAGCCCGGCCCGGCACAGCCCGGUCAUGGGCCGGGGGACGUGGCCGCCGCGGUCGAGCCGGAAGCCCGAUCAGGGCAGAGGGCGGCCACCGGGCGGUCCCUGCUCGGUCUGCGCGGGCUGUCGUAGUGCCUCUCCCCGAGUGCCGCGCCCCGAGUUGAACACGAUCCCCCCGCCCCCGGGCCUCCCCCACCCCUCCCGCGCUGUGGGCCCGUAGCAGGCGGCGGGCGCCCCCUGGCGGCUCCGCUGCCGCCGCCGCUCCAAGAUGGCGCAGGCGAUCUUCGAGGCGCUGGAAGGGAUGGAUAAUCAGACAGUGCUGGCUGUGCAGUCCUUACUGGAUGGGCAAGGAGGUGUCACGGACCCGUCUGCUCCCAAUGUCAACUCCUCCGCCGCCAUCCAGCCCAUGGAUGACGAAGAUGUGUUCCUGUGUGGGAAGUGUAAGAAGCAGUUCAACUCCCUGCCAGCCUUCAUGACCCACAAGAGAGAGCAGUGCCAGGGCAGUGCCCCGUCCCUCUCCUCGGUGUCUCUGGCCACCAACAGCGUGUACACCCCGUCCAUCACCUCGGUGCAGCAGGCUCCCAGUGCUGCCCGCCAGCAAAUCUCUACGUACAUCACAGUUCCCCCAUCACCUUUGAUUCAGACUCUGGUGCAGGGGAACAUCUUGGUCAGUGACGAGGUGCUGAUGUCAGCCAUGUCUGCUUUCACCUCCUUGGACCAGCCCAUGCCAGCGGUGCAGCCCCCGGUGCAGAGCAGCAUGAGUAUGCACGCUGGGGCUGGCUACCUGUCCCAGCCCCCUCCGCCGCCGCCGCCCCCACCGCCGCCCCCGCCGCAGCCUCCGCCUCCCCCGCCGAGCCUGGGGGCUCCCGGGCAGCCCAGCAGCGGCGUGGUGGAGGUGUACAGUGCCCCUGCUCCCAUGGCAGCAUCCAGCACCGUGGAGAUCCAGACCCUGGGCAUGCAGCCCUACCCGCCCAUGGAGGUACCAAGCCAGUGUGUGGAAAGCCCUGUGUACCCCUCUCCCCCUGUGUACAGCCCUGGGAAGCAGGGGUUCAAGGCCAAGAGCACCAGUGCUCCCACCCCCCUGAGCAGUGCAGGAGGAGGCUCUGUGGUUGGCUUUGAUUCCCCUGCUGCUGCCAAAACUCGCCGCUGCAAGAACGAGAGUGGGCUGCAGGAAGGCAAACCCAAGUUCCCCAAGCUGAAAUGCACAUACUGUGACAAGGCCUUUACCAAGAACUUUGACCUGCAGCAGCACAUCAGGAGUCACACAGGUGAGAAGCCCUUCCAGUGCAUCGUGUGUGGCCGAGCCUUUGCCCAGAAGUCCAACGUGAAGAAGCACAUGCAGACCCAUAAAGUGUGGCCUCCAGGGCUGGGCUGCACCAUCUCCCGCAACUCCAUCACUGUGCAGGUCAUGGCCCUGAACCCCAGCCAGCCUGAGGAUGAGGAGAACCCAGGUUUGCCGCAGCCCUCACGGAACGCGGUGCCCCCGCCCCAGGAGCUGAGCCCCUUGGAGGAGAGCGAGGCAGCCAAGCUGGAGGCCAAGCAGGUUGUCCUGAUUGACAGCUCUUACCAGUGCCAGUUCUGCCCCAGCAAGUUCAACACCUACUUCCAGCUCAAAUCACACAUGACACAGCACAAGAACGAGCAGGUGUACAAAUGUGUGGUGAAGACCUGUGCCCAGACCUUCCAGAAGCUGGAGUCCUUCCUUGAGCACAUCAAGAGCCACCAGGAGGAGCUGAGUUACCGCUGCCACCUCUGCAGCAAGGACUUCCCCUCGCUGUACGAGCUGGGCGUGCACCAGUACUCGCACAGCCUGCUGCCCCAGCACAGCCCCAAGAAGGACAUGGCCGUGUACAAGUGUGUGAAGUGUGUCAAUAAAUAUUCCACCCCAGAAGCCCUGGAGCACCAUCUUCAGACAGCAACGCACAACUUCCCCUGCCCUCACUGCCAGAAGGUGUUCCCCUGCGAGCGGUACCUGCGCCGCCACAUCCCCACGCACGGCGGGGGCAGCAAGUUCAAGUGCCAGAUCUGCAAGAAGUUCUUCCGGCGGGAGCACUACCUCAAGCUGCACGCCCACAUCCACUCGGGUGAGAAGCCCUUCAAGUGCUCGGUGUGUGACGCAGCGUUCAAUCGCAAGGACAAGCUCAAGCGCCACAUGCUCAUCCACGAGCCCUUCAAGAAGUACAAAUGUCCCUUCUCAAGCCACACAGGUUGUAAUAAAGAGUUCAACAGGCCUGACAAGCUGAAGGCUCACAUUCUGUCCCAUUCAGGGAUGAAGAUCCACAAGUGCCAGUACUGCAACAAGUCCUUCAGCCGCCGCGCCCACAUGGUGGAGCACCAGCGCUCACACACCGGCAACUACAAAUACCGCUGCCCCACGUGCAGCAAGGGCUUCACACGCCACAAGUACAUGAGGGACCACAAGUGCCGCCUGGGCUCGCCCAAGGACAAGGAGCUGCAGCUCAGGAAGGCGCAGAAGAAGCGGGUGGCGCGGGGGCGCAAGGCCGGGCUGGCGCUGCCGGGCGCGCUGGGGCUGCCGGAGCUCAAGGACGGCGCUGCCGGGGACAGCUCCCCCGAGGGGGGCCCCAGCAAGGAGCCCUUCCAGGAGUCGGACGCCGUCCUGUCCAUCGUGGUCGGCGGGUCGGGAGCCGCGGACCCGGAGCUGGUCCCUGGGCAGCCCAACAGCAUGGCCUCCAACCUGGCCCUGGCAGAGCUGCAGACGGCCUCGGACGGGCCCUGCACCAUGCUGGCUGUCCCUGUGUACAUCCAGACCUCCGAGUGACAAUGCCCAGAGCCACUGUGUGGCUGAGAGCUGCUGCUGGCACUGUCUGACUUGGUGCUCAAAUUUAUCCCUGUGGAAAAGACCAAAGCUCUUCUGGGGAGGAAGAUGGGUAUGCGAGGGAGUGGCUUCCAUCUCCACUGGUUCCUCCCAUCCUUGGGCAGAGGACUGCUUGGAGACCACUGAUGCCUACAAGGCACUGAAGAGGGUGGCUCCGUUAUUUCUUGUCCCUCUGUACCGUGGGUCAGCUUAGGGCAAGAAAGACAAAGAUCCCUGAAUCAGGGAAGAAGAAGGACCAUGCAAACUUGCAACAAACAGAGCUGCUGAAAUCAGGUGGCUUUGCAAAUCACAGCCUGUCCCAUCUGUGGUUUUUCUGGCCUAAAAACUGUAUUGCCCAGUAUUUGGGUGGCCCUUCUGAGAGCAAACAUCCUUCCUAGUGGAAGCAAGUUCAUCCUGAGAUCCUUUGGGAACACUGUUCAGAAAUACCCCAAUAGACUUCUGUCUGGUAUCUUCUCUCUGUCUAUCUCAGUAGAAAGAUCACCGUGUCUGUACUACAAGUUAUAAACACUCUGGACCUCA